GCAGUGUGACGCACAGGUGAGAGAGAGAGAGACAGAGAGAGAGAGACAGAGAAAGAAAGACAGAGAGACAGAGAAAGAAAGACAGAGAGAGGCUACUGUCGCAUCCUGUAGUACCAUUUCCAUGGUCUGGCUGCAUCUGGUGGAUUUGACUAAACAAUUUGAAAUUUGAAUCUAUUUACACAUCACUACCUUUUUGUGGAUACAAUUUGGUCCUUUUCCUGGACUUACACACAGGUCACCUCAUUCUUCACCUUCUAUAAACUACCUUCCUAGAUCUGGUUCAUGAUGGUGAAGAGGCUUGCGUUCCCUCUACUGAUAGCUUCUGCUCUGGCAUUCAUGGUCUACGCCAUCUUCACAUUACCCAGGUCACAGCCAGGCAACCACCAGGACCACCAGGACCACCUGCACCUCUAUCCACACCACAUCUCUGACCAGUCCAUCACGCCUAUCAACGACACCAAACACUUCAUGGUGGGGGCCUACAAGGAACAUCGUUUGGAGGGAAGCUCCAUACGCAUCAUCAGUAUCUUCAGACGAGACUCUGUCCAGCCUCUGUACUGUGUGUUCUACUGUGGGACUCACUGGGCUAAUGGAAUGAAGGCUGAAGUCCAGAUGCACUCUGAUCACUUUGGUUUCCGCUUCGUGACGACCGACGUCCUUUGUCCGAAUGUUCCCGGCUGUAACCCGUCGCACGUGACCCUCGCCACACAAGCUGACACCGGGCUCGCUCAGAACCAAACCUUCCUCCGCAUCCAGAACCUUGUGAAAAGGGAGGAAGAGAAGUUUCAGUUCAACUUCACUGUCUGUUGGUCCAAUUUAUUUGCCGAUUAUAACAACGUGCUUCAGGUCACCCAGACUCUGGAGAUGUACAAGCUGUUGGGAGUGCAGCAUGUUGUGGUGUAUAACACCAGCUGUGGAUCAGACCUGGAUAGACUGCUACAGAGUUACACACAGGAGGGCUUUGUGGAGGUGGUGCCCUGGCCUAUCGGCAAAUACAUGAACCCGUCCCGUGGGUGGCAGCCCAGUGAACAUGGAGGGGACAUCCACUACUAUGGCCAGUUGACCACUCUAAAUGACUGUGUCUACAGACACAUGUAUCAGUCACGCUAUGUACUGCUGAACGACAUCGAUGAGAUUAUAGCUCCAUACCAGCAUCAAACCCUGCCCCAGAUGAUGGAUGUACUUCAGAGGCAAAACCCAAAGGCCGAAGUGUUCCUCAUAGAGAACCACAUCUUUCCUAAGUCCCAGUUUGAGCCCAGUGGAAGGUUUGAACUGCCCCGCUGGAGAAAUGUUCCAGGGAUCAACAUCAUGGCGCACAUCUACAGAGAGGAGCCAGACUAUCGCAUCUCCCACCCCUUCAAGAUGAUAGUACGGCCCAGGGCAGUGGAGCAGACGUCGGUCCACUCUGUCUAACAACCCUUCUGUGUCUCUGACCCCAGGACAGUGGAGCAGACGUCGGUCCACUCUGUCUAACAACCCUUCUGUGUCUCUGACCCCAGGACAGUGGAGCAGACGUCGGUCCACUCUGUCUAACAACCCUUCUGUGUCUCUGACCCCAGGACAGUGGAGCAGACGUCGGUCCACUCUGUCUAACAACCCUUCUGUGUCUCUGACCCCAGGACAGUGGAGCAGACGUCGGUCCACUCUGUCUAACAACCCUUCUGUGUCUCUGACCCCAGGGCAGUGGAGCAGACGUCAGUCCACUCUGUCUAACAACCCUUCUGUGUCUCUGACCCCAGGACAGUGGAGCAGACGUCGGUCCACUCUGUCUAACAACCCUUCUGUGUCUCUGACCCCAGGACAGUGGAGCAGACGUCAGUCCACUCUGUCUAACAACCCUUCUGUGUCUCUGACCCCAGGACAGUGGAGCAGACGUCAGUCCACUCUGUCUAACAACCCUUCUGUGUCUCUGACCCCAGGGCAGUGGAGCAGACGUCGGUCCACUCUGUCUAACAACCCCUCUGUGUCUCUGACCCCAGGACAGUGGAGCAGACGUCGGUCCACUCUGUCUAACAACCCUUCUGUGUCUCUGACCCCAGGACAGUGGAGCAGACGUCAGUCCACUCUGUCUAACAACCCUUCUGUGUCUCUGACCCCAGGACAGUGGAGCAGACGUCAGUCCACUCUGUCUAACAACCCUUCUGUGUCUCUGACCCCAGGGCAGUGGAGCAGACGUCGGUCCACUCUGUCUAACAAUCAUUCUGUGUCUCUGACCCCAGGACAGUGGAGCAGACGUCGGUCCACUCUGUCUAACAACCCUUCUGUGUCUCUAACCCCAGGACAGUGGAGCAGACGUCGGUCCACUCUGUCUAACAACCCUUCUGUGUCUCUGACCCCAGGGCAGUGGAGCAGACGUCGGUCCACUCUGUGCUGCGUAACUUCGGGCAGACAGUGAAGGUUCCUCCUAACGUGUGUCAUAUCAUCCAUGUCAGAGUUCCCCUACGAGGAGGACUGACC